GCCGCCGCGUUAUACCCGAGAGCGCGGCCCCGCGGGCGGCAGAGGAGGGCUGGCGGGCAGCGGGCGCUGGUGCCUGCGCUGUGUUUGCCUCGACUCGGCUCACUGCUGCACAGACUUGCGCGGCUCGGCACUGCACGGCACAGCCAGACAAGAUGCCAGUGUCAAGAAUGCGCAUGAGGCCCUGGCUGGAAAUGCAGAUCAAUUCCAACCAAAUCCCUGGGCUGAUAUGGAUUAACAAGGAUAAGAGGAUAUUCCAGAUCCCGUGGAAACAUGCAGCUAAGCAUGGCUGGGACAUGGAGAAGGAUGCCUGCCUUUUCAGGAGCUGGGCCAUUCAUACAGGACGAUACAAAGUAGGGGAGAAGGAUCCCGAUCCCAAAACCUGGAAGGCAAACUUCCGCUGCGCCAUGAACUCGCUGCCUGACAUCGAAGAGGUGAAGGAUAAAAGCAUCAACAAAGGCUCCAGUGCUGUCAGGGUGUACAGGAUGCUGCCACCCUUGACAAAGGCUCAGAAGAAAGAAAGGAAGUCAAAGUCUUCAAGAGAAGCAAGAAGCAGGAGCAAGAGAAAGCUGCAUGAAGAUACAAAGAUAGAGGAGUCAGCAGAAGGACUAACCAACACUUCUCUGCCAGAUGACCACAGCAGCUACACUGUUCACAACUACACGGGACAGGAAGUGGAGGUUGAUAGCCCGUCUAUCAGCUUAGACCUCUCCUCAUGUGAGGUGAGUGGCUCCUUGACUGAGUGGAGGCCAUCGAUGGAAAUCACCAUGGCUGACAGCACCAAUGACCUCUACCAGCUCCAGGUGUCCCCUCUGGCUUCAUCCUCAGAAGUCACAGAUGAAGAUGAGGAGGAAAUGAAAUCGGAGAUCUUAAAGCUGCUUGAGCCAGCCCAAGACUGGCAUGCCACCAGUGUUGGGGGGAAAGGCUUCCUCAUCAACGAGCUGGGCACACAGAGCAUGUGCAGCACCUACAGCUACAAGGAGCAGGAUGGGGAGAUCGACACAACUUCAGGAGAGCUGGAGUUCAGGCUCCUGGACCAGAAAAACAUCCUGGACUUCUCCUGGCUGGAGACAGUGAGACCUAGCAUGCAGGUCAUUCCCUGUGGCUUGUAAAGCUUCCUCCAGCCAUGAACUGCUCUUAGGUAGCAUUUCUUCUUGGAGAAGCCUGAAGAGAAUGGAAGAAAUGGUUUGUUACUGACUGAAGGAAGAAAGUAGCUUUCUGUUCCGUUUAACUCCAAGGCCUGGAAAGGUUAGCAAGAGGAAAAACUCCAUCAUGAAUCCAGACAAGGACUCCCAUCUCACUAGCAGGACUCCUGACACUGAAGAUGCUCGAGCUGCACCUUGUCACCGCUGCAGAGGUGAAGUUCUCGCUGGGAGGUUGUCGCUGGGCUCUGACCCGGUGGGGUGCUGCUGGAUGGCAUCGUGUGCCAGAGAGCUGAGGAGGAGGACGGAGCCUCCUUGUCCUCCUCGUGCAAGAUGUGAUGAGCACUUUACCCACGGGGUGCUUGGGAGAGGCACUGCCUCUAGAGGAGUGUCUGUUAGUUCUGGUUGCUGCUUACCUGUGCAACACUGGUGAUGUUUUGCUUCAUGACUAUCUUACACUUAGGAAAAUUGCACUAACUGGCCCUCUCUCCUUUGAUUUACUCCAUCACUUAGCUCAGCUUCCAACUUCAAGCCCUGUAAAUACUUUAGACCAAGGAAAUGUGAAAAUUAAGUUUAGGCUUUGCUUCCCCCUGGCACACUUAGCCUCUCCUGGACUUGCCAUGUCUCUUGCCUUCUGCUAGCUGAAGAGCUGCUGCAUGACACCAUUUUUGCACUGAUGGGGGCAGAGCUCUCUCUAUUUAUACCCUGCCUUUUUUUUUUGGUUGUUGAGACCCUUCCUCACACUGCCAGGACACCCACAGUACUGUACCCAUCAAACUGUAUCACCCACAGAGCCAAGCCUGGGUGGGAGGGGGGGGGCAGGGUGGAAGAGGUCCUACUUGCUGUGUAAGAUACAAGAAUCAAAAUCACUAAGCUGUAACAGACUUAUUUUCUUGUACAUUUUAUUUUUGUACAUAACUUGUAUAUUUGGUUUAAUAAAAGCCUUUUGUAUAUGA